UCUGUUGACCUUUCCACUAUUCUUUCAGCAAGCACGUACACUACUGAUAGUGUGAGUACCAGCGUUGGACCUAGCACCACAUCAGCAGCAGUCACGGCCACCUCAGCCAGCAUUUCGCUGACUGAUGAAACCACACCGUUAGCAAACGCUGUUGCAUCUGAAGUGGAAGAUGUGACUAGCGAGGAGCCGACGAGUCGAAGGACAACGGAAGCAUUCAAUGAAAUUUUGGAGACAACAACUGCAACAGAGAUAACUGCUGCGAAGAAGUCGAACACCUCCGCUGUAGCAUUUUCAGAGGUCGAUUUCAACAAGGAUGAACAGACAGAGGGUAAGCAUGCAAUCACUAAGAAAGUCGACGCAGCCCAGUCGUCAUCACUCGCACAAAAUGAACGUCAGUUUGCAGCGAAAACACAGAUUCCCGAAUCCAACAACAAGGAUAUAUAUGGCCUUAAGAAAAUUAAAAUUUUACCCAAAGUCAGCGUCACCGACUCCCCCACAACCCCGGCAGCAGCCGUAAAUCCAAUCACGUCCACUGCUGCACCCACCACCGUAAAUGUUGUCACCAGUUCCAACACAGCCACAUCUGCACCGACCACCACCAGUGCAUCUGCGGAAGACGACGUAAAUAAUUUAGAAGAUGUCAGUAGGGCUGAGAUAGCAGCUUCAUGGGAAUCUGCUGAGGACGUGAAUGCAUUCACAGUAGGCCGUGAACCUGUUCCCAUAGUUCCGACGGGAAUUGGACGAAAUAUGGCUAAGUUGGACAUCGACGAUCUCGGUAAGCUUUUGAAUGUCCUUUCGAAAUGA